AUGGAUAGUAUCGGGGAGUUGGCUCGAGCUCAUGCCGAUCUUUGGAAGCACUUGUUUGGCUUCUUGCCCUCAACCGCACUAAAUUGUUUAGUCGAGCUUGGUGUACCCGAUUUGAUCCAGAAUCACGGCAAGCCCAUGACCAUCUCUGAGAUUGUUGGGAAGCUCUCCAUAACAAAUCCCAGCAAAACUCGCUGUCUUGGUAGCAUGAUGGACAUUUUGGCUCACUCGGGUUUUCUUUCUCGAGAAGUUAAAGGAGUAGAGGAGGAGGAUAUUGCCUACUCCCUCACACCUGCUUCACGUCUCCUCUUGAAAAACGAACCCCACAAUUUAAGACCGUUUGUGUUCUACUUGCUUGGUAAAAUUGUGGCAGGUCCAUGGCCGUUGUUAGGCCAAUGGAUAAAGAAUGAUGUCCCAACUGCCUUUGAAACUUGUUAUGGAAUCCCUUUUUGGGAAUUGGCUACAAAGUCUGAGUUUGGUCCUUUGGUUAAUGAAGCCAUGGCUGUUGAUGCUCGGAUAAUAGGAGAAACAAUAGUCAAUGAAUGCAAGGCAGUGUUCGAGGGGUUGACAUCGAUCGUGGAUGUGGCGGGAGGUACGGGGACAUUGGCGACCAUAAUUGUGAAAAACUUUCCGACCAUCAAGUGCAAAGUGUUUGAUCUCCCUUAUGUUGUGGCUGACUUACAAGAUAGUGAGAAUAUAGAGUUCAUUGGUGGAGAUAUGUUUGAAGAAAUUCCUCAUGCUCAUGUUGCCUUGCUAAAGUAUAUCCUACACGAUUGGAGCGAUGAAAAAUGUAUAAUAAUAUUGAAGAAAUGUAAAGAAUCUAUUUUGAGCGCGGACCACAAAGGUGGAAAGUUGAUAAUCAUUGAUAUGGUUAGGAGGGAAGACGAUGAUGCGCAUCGCCAAUUUGUGGGACUUGCCUUGGACGUGUAUUUGUCUGCCUAUAUGAAUGGGAAGGAGAGGAGUGAAAAAGAAUGGGCAAAACUUUUCUUGGAUUCGGGUUUUGGGACAUACAAAAUCACUCCAAUAACCGGGUUACAAACUCUCAUAGAGGUCUAUUGUAUUGGAGGGAAUGAGUGCUCUGUUCUCAUUCUUACUCUAUUUGUUUUUCUUUUGAAUCAAUGUGAUUGGAAGAUUCAUUUGAUUCUUGCGAAGCAAAUUCCCUUUUUGCGAAGAGCCUUCACGUUUCGCGAAGGUCCUUCCUGCACCUGCGAUAAUAGUGGGCUUAUGCAGGUUGUGGGUUUUGAGAAGAAGCGGCUAAAGUUAGGAAAUUGA